AUGACUUCAAGGGAGGAGCUGGAUACCUCGGGUCCAGAUGCUCCACUACUUGCCCCCACCGACGCCUCUCCUGACUUCCGCGAUGCUGAUGACGAGGCUCUGGACCCCGAUCUAAGCUAUUCGGAGGGAUGGUUCAUAUGGAUCUUGACGUUCUCAGCUGGUAUCAGCGGCCUUCUUUUUGGCUACGAUACCGGCGUCAUAUCCUCCACCCUCGUGACUAUCGGCUCCGAUCUAUCCAAUCGCCCGUUGACCACAAUCGAUGAGAGUCUUAUAACAUCAUGUACCAGUCUAUUUGCAUUGGUUGCCAGUCCCUUCACGGGUGUCCUGGCUGAUAAAUACGGUCGUCGGAGGGUCAUACUCGUCGCCGAUAUUUUGUUUGCGUUAGGAGCAGUAACCCAGGCUUUCACCAGCAGAGUAUGGUGGAUGAUUGUCGGCCGAAGUAUCGUCGGACUUGCCGUUGGCAGUGCGAGUGCCGUCACUCCCUUAUAUAUCGCAGAAGUGGCACCAUCGCAUGCAAGAGGUCGGCUCGUUACGAUCAUGUGCCUCUUGAUUACUGGUGGUCAAGUGAUUGCAUAUGUUGUGGGUUGGUUAUUUUCUCAAAAGAGCGGGGGCUGGCGUUGGAUCGUCGGCCUCGGGGCGGUACCAGCAUUCCUCCAAUUCGCUGUGCUUUUGGUCCUACCGGAAACCCCGAGAUGGCUCAUUCAGGCGGGGCAUGAUUCCCAAGCUGUGGCGGUCCUGACUCGGAUCUACCAGAACUGUCCCGAGUGUGAUCGGGUCGUGAAUCGAGUCCUGUGCGGUAUUAGAGCGGAGGCUACCCAGGAAACAGAAGAAAUGGACCGGAGUAAAGCCUCCAACGCCAACUUGCAGUGGCUUCAUGAUGCUUCGCAGCGGACACAGGACUUGUUCUACACCGGAGGUAACAGAAGGGCCCUGAUAAUCGCGAUGAUGCUCCAGGGCCUUCAACAGCUAUGUGGGUUCAAUAGCUUGAUGUACUUCUCGGGGAUCAUUUUCAAGACACUCUCUUUCUCAUCGCCGACGUUGACGUCCCUGACGGUUGCCGUGACCAACUUCCUCUUCACUCUUCUUGCAUUUGCAUUCAUUGACAGGAUUGGGCGCCGUCGCAUAUUACUGUAUUCGAUGCCAGUUAUGGUUCUCGCACUCUGUUCCUGCGCCAUUUCCUUCUCCUCGAUAGAUAUUGCAUGGGGAUCUCAGCCUCCAUCGCACCAAGAUGAUGCCGAGAAUCACACCAUUUACCCCUUGCUGAUCUUGUUCUGCUUGACAGUUUACACGGCAGCCUAUGCAUUUGGACUUGGCAAUGUGCCAUGGCAGCAGUCGGAAUUGUUUCCGUUGAACGUGCGGUCCUUGGGAUCUGGUCUUGCUACGGCCACGAACUGGGGCUCUAAUUUCUUCGUUGGGCUUACUUUCUUGCCUAUGAUGGAAUGGAUGUCUCCAACAUGGACAUUUGUCAUUUACGCCGGUGUAUGUGCCGUAGGAUGGGUAGCUGUACAUAGGAUUUAUCCGGAGAUGAGUGGACUUGGCCUCGAAGAAGUCAAUGGUCUAUUGGCCAAUGGUUGGGGUGUGAAAGAGAGUCUACGACGAGGGGGUUGA